CAUUCACAACGAACAUGUAAACAAUGAAUGGCAAAAAACAGUUGGAAUUGCGAUAAAAAAAUGUGGCGUUUAACUUUAAUAAAAGAAAUUUCGGAUAAGGGAAAGUGGAUUAUUUCCUCGGACGUGGCCAUUGUUAUAGCGUUCAAGUAUCCAAAGGCGCAGCAGCACUUUUUGGUCCUGCCCAAGGCGGAUAUUUCGAGUAUUUUUGAGCUUACCCGCGAGCAUUUGCCGCUGCUGGAGGAGCUGCAUCUGCUGGCGAGCAACAUUGUCGAGGUGCGUGGACUGCAGUGGAAGGAUUUUAAGGUGGGUUUCCAUGCCGAACCGGCCCUGGAACGGCUGCAUUUGCAUGUAAUAUCCCAGGACUUUGUGUCGUCCUGUCUAAAAAAAAAAAACUGGAACACCUACAACACGGAACUCUUUGUGCCAUACGAGGUGCUGCGGGACAAGCUAAAAGCGGAAAACAGUUACCAACGCCUGUCGCCGGAUGUGAUUCAUGCACUGCUGGCCACGCCCCUAUGCUGCAAUCAAUGCGAUUUUAAGCCCAGAAAUCUGCCAUUGCUCAAAGAACAUUUGGAGCAGCAUCUGCAAAAUAAAAGCGGCCAGAAUAAAAGUGUGAUUUACACGAAAAUUGAAACAGCCAAAGACAAAAUAAACAAAAUGGACGCAAAAGAAAAGAAUGAACAUAAAAAGGAACAGAUUAUCCAGAAUAUUCGCAACGAGCUGAAGAAAAAGAUCAACGACAAGGAGCACAUUCUCAUCGAGAGCGACCAGGCGGUGGUGGUGAAGGCCGACUAUCCCAAGGCACAGUAUCACUUUCGUGUGGUGGCCAAAGCUGAUAUCGCGGAUGUGACCAAGCUGACAGCCGAUCAUCUGCCGCUGCUCGACCACAUGAUGGAUCUGGCCGUGCAGAUCAUGGAGAAGCAGGACCACCUGCCGUCUCGAAAUUUUCGCAUUGGCUUCAAGGCGGACCCGUUCUGGGACCGGCUGAACAUGCACGUCAUCUCCGAUGACUUUUACUCGAUGUCAAUGAAGCGCAUCAAUCACUGGAAUAGCUUCAACACGGAGCUCUUCAUGCCCUUCCAGCAGGCCUACAUCAUGCUGAGCUCUGAGGGCGCCAUCGAGCCCAUAUCCGAGGAGGAGUCCGAAAAGCUCAAGCUCCAGGUGCCACUCCACUGUAAUCAGUGCGAUUUUGAGUCCCCGUUGCUGCUGUCCCUGAAGGCCCAUCUAUACACCCAUUGGCAGAGCAAGGAGCACGAGCGUCAGAUAAAAAAGCAAACGGACAGCAUUGUCAAGUUGCUGGACGAAGUUAAAUUGGAUGACAACGCCCAGCCGCUACCUUCUGCGAUCAGUGAGGGUCAGUCCCAGCAGGAGGUUUCCACUGAAAAUGUGUACGGGCCACCGAUAAACAUGAUGAAUCAGGCGAACAUCAACAACCCGUUUAGAGGCACGCCGCCACGAUUCGGGAUUGCUGCGGCUGCGCCACCACAGCGGCCUUUCGUCAAUGCGCCGCGUCACCAGCGGCCCGGGAACCCCUUUGCCCGUGCGCCGCGACCUCAGCAGAAAGUCUACCCCUACGGCUAUGCGCCGCGUCCACAGCUGGCCGACAAUCACUUUGGACCGCCAUCACGGCCAUAUGGUAUACAUCGCGGCAAUAUGCAGCCGCGUGGGCCCAUGCCGCCUAGGUUUUCUACUGCUCCUGCAAAUACUGUAUUUGCUUCAUUUAACCAGCAGCCCCGAUUUGCUCCAAAUAAUCCACCGAACCAGCGCCCUCGUGCUCCCAAGCAGCAACAGAACCAGCGUCCUCGUGCUCCCAAUCCGCAACAGAACCAGGGUCCUCGUGCUCCCAACCCGCAACAGAAUCAAGAGAACCCACCACAGCUUACUUAUAAUCCAAACCAAACGAAUCUCAUACCAAAACACAAACCCACACCGGCUGCAAAUGCCGGCCAGCCUGCAGCAAAGUAG